AUGUCUUUAUCCAGCGAUAUUGAAAAGCACUUCGAAAGCCACAUUGAAAGCGUUCUGGCUGAAAACUUGCCAGAACUUUCUCGUGAACAUAUUGAAUAUCUUAUGGAAAGACAUGGAACAAUUGAGUUAGACCCACUUCCUUCCAUGGACCCAGAAGAUCCACUCAACUGGCCAAAUUGGAGAAAAAACUAUGAAAUUUUGAUUAUUGCUUACCAAUGCUUUAUGGGUACCUAUUUUGCUGCUGGUCUUACUCCAGCUUAUGAAGGUAUGGCUGAAGAAUACGGUAUUGAUAUUCCAACUGCUUCAUACUUAACUUCUUCUCAAAUUGCUAUAAUGGGUGUUUUGCCUCUUUUUUGGGUUCCUAUUAUGAAUACUUUUGGUAGAAGGUCUAUUCUUUUGUACUCUGCUAUUUGUGCCAUAGGUUUAAAUAUUGCUGGAGCUUACGUUACCACAUAUGGACAACAAAUGGCUACUAGAUGCUUGUAUGCUUUCUUCAAUGCCACCGCUUCCGCUUUGGGUAGUGCAGUGGUUUCUGAUUUGUCUUUCAGUCACGAAAGAGGUAAGAAGAAUGGUUGGUGGUCUCUUGGUUUUGUUGUUGGCACACCAGCUGGUCCAUUCCUUUCUGGUUUCAUUAUGCAAUACUCGACAAAAAAAUGGAUUUUCUUCAUGUUCGCUAUCAUGAACGCCAUUCAGGUUGUGUUGUUCUUCUUUUCUAAAGAAACCGUAUACAACAGAGGCGACAAAAUUGAAGAGCCAUCCAAGCUUAUCAAAAUGAUUGGUAUUUUCAGACGUAAUUCCAAGAAGAUAAAUGUUGGUGCUUUUGUGAAACCAUUCAAGCAAGCUGCAAAUUGGAGAAUUACUGUUGUCAUCCUUGCUGCUAGUGUCACUUUCGCUUAUGCUAACAUCGUUCUCAUUGUCGAGAUGCCACAAACCUUUGGUGCAAUUUUCGAACUCAGUCCUCAAGCAUUAGGUUUGCACUAUAUCGCUCUUAUUGUCGGUUCUUGUAUUGGUGAGGGACUUGCCGGUCCCCUUUCCGAUUGGUGGAUGGCCAGAAGUAUCAAAAAGAGAAAUGGCCAAAGAGUCAUCGCUGAUAGAUUGUUUAUUUCCUACAAUGGGUAUUUGCUAGUCAUUGUUGGUUUAGUUGUUUGGGGUGUUUAUUUGGACAGGGCUCAACCUGGUCAUUGGAAAAUUAAUGCUUUGAUUGGUUCAGCAAUUAUAGCAGCUGGUAACAAUAUCGUUGCCACUGUUUUGAUUACUUUCGCCAUUGACUGCAACCCAGCAUGCGCUGCCGAUAUUGGUUUAUAUAUGACUUUUGUCAGACAGGUCUAUGGUUUUAUCGCCCCAUUCUACUUCCCAUACAUGUUUACCAACUUAGGUUUCAUGGGUUCUGCAGGUUUGAUGAUUGGACUUGUUUUCGUUUUUGGUUCACUUUCCACUGCAUUGGUACACAUUUUGAGUAGAAACAAAUAA